GGGCGCUGUCACCCUACUGCCAAGAUGGCGACCCACAGGAGCUACGCUCUGUGGAGCUACUGCGGUCUUAGAUGGUCGCGGGUGAUGCGGUGCAGCCCGCUCCCCGGGUUUCGUAGCUCCUGGCCUAGGGGCCCGCUGGGUGUGCGGCACUUGUCCCAAGAGAAGCAGGCAACGGAAACACAUUUCGGGUUUGAGACUGUGUCGGAGGAGGAGAAGGGGGACAAAGUCUAUCAUGUGUUUGAAAGUGUGGCCAAGAAGUAUGACGUAAUGAAUGAUAUGAUGAGUCUUGGUAUCCAUCGUAUUUGGAAGGAUAUGCUGGUCUGGAAGAUGCACCCAUUUCCUGGGACCCAGCUGCUCGAUGUUGCUGGAGGCACAGGUGACAUUGCAUUCCGUUUCCUUAAUUAUGUCGAGGCACAGCACAAAGGAAAGCUGAAGCGGCAGUUACGGGCCCAGCAAAAUUUAUCCUGGGAAGAAAUUGCUAGAAAGUACCAAAAUGAAGAGGACCCCUUGGGCGGUUCCCGGGUAGUGGUCUGUGACAUCAACAAGGAGAUGCUAAAGGUUGGAAAGCAGAAAGCCCGUGCUCAAGGACACAAAGCUGGACUUGCUUGGGUAUUGGGAGAUGCUGAAGAACUGCCCUUUGAUGAUGACAAGUUCGAUGUUUACACUAUCGCCUUUGGGAUCCGGAAUGUCACACACAUUAAUCAGGCACUCCAGGAAGCCCAUCGAGUCCUGAAACCAGGAGGACGAUUUCUCUGUCUGGAGUUUAGUCAAGUGAACAAUCCCCUCGUAUCCAGGCUUUAUGAUCUAUAUAGCUUCCAGGUCAUUCCUGUCCUGGGAGAGGUCAUUGCAGGAGAUUGGAAGUCCUACCAAUAUCUUGUAGAAAGUAUCCGACAGUUCCCAUCUCAGGAGGAGUUCAAAGAGAUGAUACAAGAUGCAGGUUUUGAAAAAGUGACUUAUGAAAGUCUCACAUCAGGCAUCGUGGCUAUUCAUUCUGGCUUCAAACUGUAACUCCUUUACCAUUCUGGAGUGUGAACAGUCACAUC